AAAAUCUAGCCCUAAUAAUCUAUUUCAUAUACUUAGUGCCGUUGCCGUUUCAUCAUCACUUAGAUAUCAUCACCACCGUCGCCGUCGUUCACCCACCUUCGCCGUCGUCGUCUCUGCAUCUCCCUCGCCGAGCUGCUAGCUAGUGUGUAUUCUCAAGAGGGAUGGCAGAUCGAUUGACGCGAAUCGCUAUCGUGAGUGAAGACCGGUGCAAGCCUAAGAAAUGUCGCCAGGAAUGCAAGAAGAGCUGUCCUGUUGUCAAGACUGGGAAACUUUGUAUCGAGGUUGCUCCUACUUCCAAGACUGCUUUCUUAUCAGAGGAGCUUUGUAUUGGAUGUGGUAUCUGUGUUAAGAAAUGCCCGUUUGAAGCUAUUCAGAUUAUCAAUCUUCCCAAGGACUUAGCGAAAGAUACAACCCAUCGAUAUGGGGCUAAUGGUUUUAAACUGCACAGGCUUCCAGUUCCACGGCCGGGGCAAGUCCUUGGGUUGGUUGGAACAAAUGGUAUUGGAAAAUCUACUGCUCUCAAAAUUUUGGCUGGAAAACUCAAACCAAAUCUCGGCAGAUUUAAUACUCCUCCUGACUGGGAAGAAAUUUUGACUCACUUCCGUGGUUCAGAACUUCAAAGCUAUUUCAUCCGAGUCGUAGAAGAGAAUCUAAAGACUGCUAUAAAGCCACAACAUGUUGACCAUAUAAAAGAAGUUGUUCGAGGUAAUCUUGGGAAUAAGCUUGAGGAGAUGGACGAGAGAGGAAUGAUGGAAGAGAUUUGUGCUGAUAUGGAGUUGAGCCAGGUCCUGGAGCGUGAAGCAAGACAAGUAUCUGGUGGAGAGUUGCAGAGGUUUGCAAUUGCCGCAGUUUUCGUAAAGAAAGCUGAUAUAUACAUGUUUGAUGAACCAUCUAGUUACCUCGAUGUGAGGCAGAGACUCAAAGCUGCUCAAGUUAUACGCUCACUCCUCAGGCAUGACAGCUACGUAAUUGUUGUGGAGCACGACCUCAGCGUCCUUGACUAUCUCUCGGAUUUCGUGUGCUGUUUGUAUGGGAAACCAGGAGCAUAUGGUGUCGUGACUCUCCCCUUUUCUGUCAGAGAAGGAAUCAAUGUGUUCUUGGCCGGGUUUAUCCCCACAGAAAACUUGCGUUUCAGGGAUGAAUCUCUGACCUUCAGGGUUUCUGAGACUACACAAGAGAGUGAUGGGGAAGUGAAGUCCUAUGCAAGAUACAAAUACCCAAACAUGAGUAAGCAACUUGGAGAUUUCAAGCUGGAAGUGAUGGAAGGGGAGUUCACAGACUCUCAGAUUAUUGUAAUGCUUGGAGAGAAUGGUACAGGGAAAACGACCUUCAUACGGAUGCUGGCAGGCGCAUUCCCACGUGAAGAGGGUGUAGAAUCGGAGAUUCCAGAGUUUAAUGUGUCGUACAAACCACAAGGGAAUGAUUCGAAGCGCGAGUGUACAGUGAGACAGUUGCUACAUGACAAGAUUCGUGAUGCAUAUACACAUCCUCAGUUUGUGUCAGAUGUAAUAAGACCGCUUCAGAUUGAGCAGUUGUUGGACCAAGUGGUAAAAACUCUGUCUGGUGGAGAGAAGCAGAGGGUUGCCAUUACUCUAUGCCUCGGGAAGCCCGCUGAUAUCUAUCUGAUUGACGAGCCAAGUGCGCAUUUGGACUCAGAGCAGCGGAUCACAGCUUCAAAGGUCAUAAAACGGUUCAUCCUGCACGCAAAGAAAACCGCGUUUAUUGUGGAGCAUGACUUCAUAAUGGCAACUUAUCUUGCGGACCGAGUCAUUGUGUACGAAGGACAGCCAGCUGUCAAGUGUAUUGCUCAUUCUCCACAGUCGCUGCUCAGCGGAAUGAACCUCUUCUUAUCGCACUUGAACAUCACAUUCAGACGGGAUCCGACCAAUUUCAGGCCGAGGAUAAACAAACUAGAGUCCAUCAAGGACAAGGAGCAAAAGACUGCAGGAUCAUACUACUACUUAGACGAUUGAUUGAUCGGUCAGAGAGAGAUGGAGCUUAUGCAUACCUAAAUCUUCGGAAAGUGAACUAGUAUUCUAAGACUGAAACAAUGCCUUUGAUUGUUAUGUUUGUAUUUUGAGACUCCCUCUCUGUCUGCUUAAAGUUGUGACUAAAGCGUAAGUUGUUUC